AUGAAGUAUCCAACACCAUUUCACGAAGUUAUAUCCAAGAUCAAAGGAAUAUUUGAAGGUAGGAAUUUCUUGGUGUCCAAUGAUUCAAUUAGUUGGCAUUAUGUUCAUUCAUUGAGAAUAACAGACGAGGGACAAAUGACUUCAACAGACGAGGAAGGGAAUCAGUAUAUUUUAUUGAAGUCCUUGCAAUCUUGUUACGUACAGAUAAUACCACACCUAAAUAAUAAGCAACAACAGCAACCUCCAGCUAGAAGAAUCCUUACCAGAAAGGCAAGUUCAUUAUCUAAUAAUUCCGAUAAUUCGGUCAGCGAAGAACCACCGGUGGUUUACAUUAAGACAUAUGAUAAUGAAAAAUUGUAUAUUAAAAUUCCGAUUAAGACUAAUUUUGUUAAUUUAAUGCCGUGCUUGCUAGUCUGGCAGGCAUUGAAACCCCAAACAUUGGCUAAAAAAUGGUACUGUGAAAACAAAGUAACUUCUACGAAUGGGUCUGACGUUCACGAAGUAUUAGUUUGCAGAUUCAAGAUCUACGGCCCAAUCCCAUCCAAAUCAAAGAAUAUAAAGGUGGUGCCGGGAGCGAAGGCACCAGUUUAUCAACCAAAAGGAGAUUCUACGUUUGAUUCCCAAAUAGAUGGAAUAAAUGGUAACAGCAAUGUAAAUUAUUUGCAAGGCGAUAAUGUCAACGAAGGGUGGUUUUAUACUAUGGGUGUUUUAAAAUCAAAUGGUGUAUUAAAUUUUAUAACAGAAUUAGAUGGUACUUUACUAUAUUCUAUUGAUAUGAAGCAAAUUUUGUCGUCGGAAAUUAGGCAAGUCCAUCAUUCUAUUUUCGAUAAUUCUAACGUGCUAUUCGUUGGGAAUAUCAAGGAAUUAAGAUCGAACAACUGUAUUAAAACUAUUAGCUAUCCUAAUGAUACCAGCUCUUUCUUAUUUAAGGACGGGAAAACUGUUGCAAGUAAUCAGCGUGUAUUAAUUGAAUUUCCUUUACAUAUAGACUUGGAAGAUUGGUUUGUUGGAUUAAACUACUUUUCUAUGAGGGAAUACAUCGGUUCUUAUAGCCCUGGACUGUCCCCAUUGAAUCAACCAUCGAACCCGGUAAAAGAGACUCCCGCAACAGUGCCAUUAUCUGAUUAUAGCAAGGAAAACUUACGAGUAUCAAAAAAAGUAUUCAUUGAUAUUAUCGAGGCAAAACUUGAUGAAUUUCCCAAUACUUCUUCAAAUCCCGGUAAGAUAUACGCAGAGGUCAUAAUGUGGGGUCUACCAUGGUCUAGAACGGCAUUAGUAUCGUACUCAGAAAAUCCAUUUUGGAAAGAAGAAUUUGUUACUGAUUUGCCGAUACUGACUCAAAUGAUACAUAUCUUAAUCAAGAAGUCGUCUUUAAACGAAUCCACGUAUCUGUCUAAUGACAAAUUAAUAGGUACAGUUUAUCUCACACCGGAUAUUUUGACAAAACAAAUGAACACUAGUUCCACAAUGAUGAUGGGAUCUGCUUUAGGAAACUCGAUUAAUGUCAAUGGUCUCCAACUGGCUGAUAAUGCUACAAAUAAUGAUACUGUAAGGUUAGCAAUUUAUGAUUCGUCUAAUUUACCAAUAGGAAAAUUACUAUUAAACGUGAAACUAAGGGAACAUCAUAUACUCCCACCUAAAGUUUACAAGCCUCUUGAAAAUAUGUUGCUCAAUGCUCCAAUGAAGGACUUAAUCAAGUUCUGCAAUGAAAAUGUCCAAACAUCAGAAUUUGAAAAUGUCAGUUUGAUUAUGUUAGACAUAUUCCAAAGUUUAGGGAUUGAGGAUAGAUGGUUUAAAUCUUUAAUGGAAGUCGAAUUGGUGAGCGUAGACAAAAUGACGAGAAAGAAUUACGCAUCUAAUAGAAGAAGUAGGGAUAAUAGAGCUCAAACAAAUAAUAAUUCCAGCUCAAGUAACAAUGUUUUUAAUACGUUAUUUAGAGGCUUAUCCAUCUUCUCAAAAUCCUUGGAGAUGUAUAAUUUAAGAAUUGGACAAGAGUAUUUGGAAAAGGUUUUCGGUGAGUUCAUGGGCAAGAUCUCAUACGAAGAGAAGGAUUGUGAGACAGAUCCAAGAUAUAUAAGAUUACAAUUAAAGGCUGAACGGAAAGGAAGAACAAUUGAUGAUUCAGACUUGGAAAGUGAUGAUUCUGACGACUAUGACUCCGAUAUUGAGAAAGAGAAUGAGGAAUUGAUUAAAGAAAGAGUUAAUACUAACUUUGGUAAUUUAUAUCAUUAUGCGGAAGAGGUUUGGAACAAAAUUUAUAUAACAAGUAAUGAUCUUCCUCAACAAAUAAAAUCCCAACUAAAGAAUUUUAGAACCAAGGUUGAGUUGAGCUGUGACCCUGAUGAUAAGGUCACUGCAUUGAAUUGUUUGAGUUCGUUUAUUUUCUUAAGAUUUUUUUGUCCAGCAAUUUUAAAUCCUAAAUUGUUCUACCUUACGAAGGAUCAUCAAACUGGGAAAACUCAAAGAACCUUAACAUUGAUUGCGAAGAUUUUAUUAAAUUUGGCAAAUAGACAAGAAUUUUCAGCUCAUAAAGAGCCGCAUUUAGUUAGAAUGAAUGCCUUUUUGGAAAGUCAUAAGGAGGAUUUGUUUGAAUAUUUUGACAAGAUAACUGGACGAAAGAAUGAUUUCAAUGAAAAGAUCUUGGAUUUAUCGCAUGAAGUUAAAAGAUUUGACCUAGGGAUUUCUGGCGAUAAGUCUUCACUGGAAUUGCCAACUACCCCGUACUUGAUUGAUAAAUACUUAAGAUUGACAGAGUUAAUUUAUUUGCUAGAUUUCAGUAAUGCAAAAUCUAUUAGCCACUUGAACACUCCUAGUCCUCAAAAUGGUCUCGUCAACUCGGGAUCCUCAGUCAGUAUUGAAAGUACUAUAUCGUAUAAUGGCCAAAGUGGCAACGGCAACCAAAAUAAUAAUGGCUCCUUUGACGAAAUUCAUCUCAAUAACGAAAGAAAUGUCUAUCAAAUAGGUUCUUUAGAAUUUGAGAAAUCUGAAUUUCUAGACUUGGCUGGUGAUAAUGACACUGAAGGGUUUAUAAAAUCAUUAUGCCGCAGUAACGAAAACAUAUUCUCGUUUAUCACGUCGGAUAUCACUUUGAAAGAUCUACAAAAGCAAAGUCAAAAUCUCACCAAUAUCAUCACCAACUUGGAAGCGCUCUUGGAGAGGUAUGAAUACCCAAGUAACUACCUAUCUAACACCGCUUUAUGGGAUGUCUUUACCGCUGAUAUACUUUCGAGAGUCUACUUGGAUACUACAAGAAACUGCAUUAUUCAUCUCGAUAGAUUAGACACUCUGGUACCAAGUAACCUAAAGAAACUUACUGAAAAUGCUUUCAGUGCUUUGAAGCUCAAAUUUCCUGAAACAAGAUUCGAAAGUGAAUCUUCUUAUGGAGCCGGUAUAACUCAAUCCCUUAGCACAAACUCUUUGGGUAGCAUUAUGAAAUCAUCUUCAAAGAAUCCCUUCAAAAAGUGGUUGAGGAAGGCCUAA